AUAACUCUAAAAGCUCAAAAUACGAUAAGCACACUUUUGGAGAAGUUAUUUAGGACUUCGUUGUUUUCAAAGUGUAUUAGUGUUGUAGAAUAAUAAUUGCCUCUACCAUGCCUGAGGACAAGGCACUGGGUUUCAGCAUGGUAACAUGCAGCGCUCCUGUAAACAUUGCCGUCAUUAAAUACUGGGGGAAGAGAGAUGAGGAACUAAUUCUCCCUAUCAAUUCAUCGUUGAGUGUGACACUGCACCAAGACCAGCUCAAAACCACCACAACAGUGGCCUGCAGCAGGUCAUUUGAGGAGGAUUGCAUCUGGCUGAAUGGCCGGGAGGAGGACAUCACCCAGCCUAGGCUCCAGUCCUGCCUCAGAGAGGUUCGGCGCUUAGCAAGGAAGAGGCACAGUGAUGGAGAUCCUGCCGGGUUGUCCCACAAGUUCCAUAUCUGCUCCGUCAACAACUUCCCCACUGCAGCUGGACUAGCCUCCUCUGCCGCUGGUUAUGCCUGCCUAGUGUAUACUCUGGCGAGGGUGCUGGGGGUGGAGGGGGAGCUGUCGGUGGUGGCACGGCAGGGCUCGGGGAGCGCCUGCAGGAGCAUGUAUGGAGGCUUCGUCCAGUGGACCAUGGGAUAUAGGAAGGACGGCAAGGAUAGUAUUGCCCAGCAGGUUGCGCCAGAGACCAAUUGGCCUGAGCUCAGGGUGCUGGUGCUUGUGGUCAGUGCUGAGCGGAAGCAUGUGGGCAGCACCUCUGGAAUGCAGACCAGUGUUGAGACAAGCAGUCUGCUGAAGCACCGGGCAGAGUGUGUGGUACCAGGCCGGAUGGAGCAGAUGAUCAGAGCCGUGAGGAAGAGGGACUUUGCCACGUUUGCUGAGCUGACCAUGAAGGAUAGCAACCAGUUCCAUGCCACCUGCCUGGACACAUACCCUCCUGUCUUCUACCUGAACGAUGUAUCUCGCCGCAUAAUCAACUUGGUGCACCGCUAUAACCGUCACUGUGGGGAAACCAGGGUAGCAUAUUCGUUUGAUGCAGGUCCAAACGCUGUCAUCUUCACCCUUCAGGAGCAUACAGCUGAGUUUUUCCAAGUAGUGCGUACGUUCUUCCCUCCAGAGACCAAUGGAGAACAGUUCCUCAAAGGUCUUCCCAUUGCUGGGGUAACUCUGUCUGAAGAGCUAAGAGAGGCCAUUGGUAUGGAACCUUUAGUGAAGGGAAUCAGCUACAUCAUCAGCACCAAGGCUGGCCCUGGACCCUGUGUGCUGGAAGACCCCACCCAGCAUCUGCUCUGCCCUGAUGGACUGCCUAAGAAGAACGUCUGAUAUUUGAAUUCCUACUUUCGACCGAAGGAGACGCAUCAAUUUCAGUCUUGCUUUAGGCUAAGAUUUAGAGGGAGGCCCUGGAGAUUCUCCUCUACUGCAUUGCUAGUUGAAGCUAAAGCAGAGUUAAUUAGAGAAAAUGUUUGUUCUUUCAUAGGUUUUAUUGUUUAUAUUUUGUAUAUAUACAAAAUAUAAGUGUUAUAUUUUGUAUAUAA